AUGGAGGAUGACAGGAUUAGUAAGUUGCCUGAUGGAAUCCUCGGUCACAUUAUCUCAUUUCUCCCAUCUGAAGAUGCUUUUGCAACUCGUGUACUUUCUAAGAGGUGGAGGCCACUAUGGUUUUUAUAUCCUAGUCCCAAUCUUGACUUUGAUGAUCAAAGGUUUUUCAAAAAAGAAGAACCAUACAUUAGCUUUAAAGAUAUGGUAAAUGUAACCAUUACUGAAAGAAGUGAGCACCAACCCAUCAAAAGCUUUCGCCUAAGAUGUCAUGAAUCUCAUGAUAGCUUUACCAGUGAAUUCAGCAUAAUGUUAUUGUUAACGGCACGCAGAAUGGAGCACGUUGACAUUCAAAUGUGUGAUAACUGGAAAUUGAAUAUCAUUUGUUUUAUUUUUCGCUUUAGUAACCUUGUUGUUCUAAAGCUGAAAUUUGUAUGCGUGAAUCUUUUUAUAUCUGCCAACCUUCCAUCACUUAAAAUUUUACACUUGAAUAGUGUUUAUUUUUUCGAACACGGGUUUCUUUUGGAAAUUCUUAAUGCUUGUCCAAUUCUUGAGGACUUGGAAAUAAAGAAUAUAUCAACAAGGUAUUGGUCAGUUGAGUAUGAUGAACAAGUUAAGAAAUUUACAAAUUUGAUCAGGGCGGAUGUUUCUAACAUCUCUAUUUAUGAUGUUGAUCUGGAAGUCUUUUCCAGUGUUGAGUUUCUUCGGUUAGAAGAGAUGUAUGGGGCCGUUCCUGUGUUUUCCAAGUUAACUCAUUUGGAGAUUGUAUAUGGAAGAAGUAUUAAUUGGAGAUUUUUAACUUCUGUCAUGAAGAAUUGCCCUAUACUUCAAACUUUUAUCCUUGAAAUGCCUUUAACACCAGAUAUUUUCACAUCGUAUUUGGCAGAAGCAUUAUUUGAUCUUAGAUUGUUCCGAAAUAUUUUGCCUGAAUGCCUUUCUUUACAAUUAAAAAAAUGUACUAUUACAAAUUAUAGAGGAUGCGAAUAUGAGUUUCUAUUUGUACAAAACUUUUUGAUGAAUUCUACAUCUUUGGAGAGAAUGAGAAUAUUCAGUUCACCUUCCUUGAAAAACCAGGAAAAGCUUGAUAAGAUGGAAGAAUUAUUGGCAUUCCCAAGGAUCUCUGCUACAUGUGAAGUUUAUUUUGUAUGA